GGUCGAAUCAUUGGUUUUGACCCUAUUUUAAAUAAUUAAAAAAUAAUUAUAUGUAGCAAGGGUGGAUUUUUUUUGUCGAGAGGGAGGAUAGUCAGAAGACAAAAAAAUCCCUGUAGACUGGUUCGGAAAGACUAAGACCAAUCUGAGGAAGGAUUGGUCUUGUUGGGAUGGAUCCGUUAGCUUCCCACUGCCACUGGAUUGUGGAGCGGUACUGAGCCUCCAGGACCACGACAAGGUGGAUCCAUCCUGGGGAUUACGGCCAUUCAUUUCGACCCACAAUUAAAUAAUUAUAAUAAGUAAUCAGGUUGGCCAUCAUUACUAACUAGGUCGAUCAAGACACUGUCUAAUAUAAUGUCACAGUGACAACGUAAAUUUUGCUCCGAUAUUUUUGUUAUCUGUUUGUUUUUAUUAUGGAUCACACAAGUACAAUACGCAACAUUUCGAGGGAAAUAAAGCGGGAAUGCUUUCGAAAUUCCAUUAACGUUGCAGAAGGCUUCAUUUACUUUUACGUCAGGUUACUGUAUCUAAAUCCCAAGCACGGAAUAUCCGCAAACAUUCUUAGCAACAGGGACGCCGUCAUUGCGUUCGUAAAAAAGGUUGUGGAAAAGUGUAAACAACCGAACACACCCGAGUUGAUAACUCUGAAAAUUCAGUGGUCGUUCAUGGAACAUUUCAAAACUAAGGAAGAGUUAAUAGAGGAAGAAAACUCGAAAUUGGACAAAAAACUGAAAACAUUAUGCAAAUUAAUUAUCAAAAAGACUGAGAUACACACCGAAGAAGAAAUGACGGCUUUUAAGAAAAAAUUGGGGGCGUAUUCCACGUUGACUUUCGCAAUGGGCAGUCCUCUUAAGGAUGGAGUAAAGGACGAAGGGUUGUAUGCCUUAAGAAGUAUCAUGGACGACGAUGAAAUAAGAGAAUUUGCCAGUUUACCGGAGGAUCAGAAGAAGGAACAAUUAGAAUACAUAGCCAAACUUAUUUGUGGUAUCCGUCUAUUCAAUAAAGACUCUCUAAAGGGGGGCGAAGGUAUCCCAGAUUUAAUCCAAAUUUUAUCAAUAAACAAAAACUGUUUACUUGUAUCUCUAGAAGUGAUAGUAAAUAAGUUAGAAGGUAAAAUUAACAAGUUGACGACGGUAUUAAAUAACGCUUAUAGAUUUAAUUGUAAAGAUGGAUAUUGCACAGAAAUGAAACUGCGACCCUCAAGCCUCCUCACUGACGUUGAAUUCCUUAAAGAUCUACUGGUGUGUUAUAGACAAUAUCAAAUUUACUGCUUUAAACUUCUACAUAUACUAAAAUAUGAUCGUGUCAGAAUUGGUAAACUACAAUACGCAUCAAAUUAUCAGUGCAUAGAAGCCACUUGUUUGAGUAGAGUAGCAGUGCCUUCCUCAAAAGUAUUUCCUCUUCUAGAAAAGCAUGCCAUUAUUUGGAGAAGUAUGCAGUACGAAGGAAUAUAUUUACUACACAUAAACAAAAUACUGACAAUGAUAACUGAGUUAGUUAACAUACCAACAUAUCCAGAAGAGUUAAUUGAUACGUGUGUAGCAAAUUUAACACUCAAAAGGGAUUUCAACUGGAGAACCACGAAAAUUACACCCCCAUAUAAAACUCAGAAUUAUAAAUUUACUAAAAUAAAAACCUAUAGAGAAAUAAUCGAAAAGGGUGAGAAAUUGACCAUCCACGGAUACGACAUUUAUAAACUGGUGUUUGCCAAUGGUAUGCUAAUACCUGGAAGUACUGAGGCAGGAGUUGUUGUUUAUAAUAACAACUGGAACUUCCUUUUCUCUGAUUACCGAAGUUAUACAGCUUGGUACCAUGAUUUCACCGAAAACAUCCUGAGGUUUCUUGAGUUGGCCAGAAACAAAGUAUUUCUGAUAGAACUGUUCGACUUAUUUAAUGCCCUGGAGAUAAUUAUGGAACACACGUUGCACUUCAGUCCUACCAAAAAAAUAAGGGUGAGUGGUAUCACUGUUGACGUGCAAUGUGAGGGCCACAUACCAAGUUUUAUUUCCCCAACGUAUAAGUGGAACGUUUGGGAUCUCAGAAGGGAAGCACUGUUAAAAGCUAAACUCACCCAUUGUAGAACAUCCUCCACACAAACAGGCAUAAUUUACAAAAAAUGGUCAGUUCCUGUCCAGACAGCAGAACAGAAGGAAAAACUCGUCGUCACCAAAACCGACAAAUCCGUGAACACAUUUCAAAAGAAGAGAUUCUUGUUUGGAUUAAGGGGUAGAUUGGAUAGUAAAUUUAUUGACAUUGACUUAACUAGGCCAAUUCGUAAAACAAAAACUUGUGAAAAUGAUGAUAUGAAUAAAAAUUAAAUGUGAAUGAAAGAUU